AUGUCUGCAGGUGGCAGCUGUGGCCAUACCUCAAGCCGGGCCAUCCUGGCCACUCGUUGAGUGGUGCUCAGCGACGGUUCGCAGCUGCCACCCAGGGAUUACAGCACCACUCUGGGAGGCACACUCUUCAGCACCACCCCCGGAGGUACCAGGAUCAUUUAUGACUGAAAAUUUCUGAUGGAAUGUUGUAACUCUCCUGUGGCCAAAACACCUCCCUGGGAUCUGCCCACCAUUCCUGGGGUCACCAGUCCCCCUGGUGAUGAACCCACUACUGAAAUGACCCCGAAUCACCUCCCCAACAGCCAUGAGGACAAGCCAGGAAGCCAUGAAGAGUCACAGUUUGAGAUGGACAUUUAAAGGGUCGGCCACUAGCAUUGAGCAGUGGCCCCCAAGACCCACGAAUCCCGUUCAGGGGAGGAGACACACCAGUCACGCCUGUCACGCCUUAUAGGAGCUGUUUUUUCCAGAGCAGAAGACAGGGAUGGGGCGAGAUGUCCCAUUUCCUCCUCCCCCAGUGGAGCAGCUCCCCCCUCCC